AUAAAUGUUACUACAGCCUAUAAAUAGUGGCUAAGGUUUCAUGUACACCACAAGAACUAAGUGAGUGUGUAAGAACAUGGAGAAUGUGGAGAGCAAAAACAGCAAUGUCGUCAAACGAAAGAAGGGUGGACUUGUCACCAUGCCCUUCAUCUUUGCUAAUGAAACAUCGGAGAAGUUGGCUGUGGUUGGAUUCGGGACUAACAUGAUAAGCUACUUAACUGUGCAACUUCACAUGCCUAUCACGAAAGCAGCCAAUACUCUCACUAACUUUAAUGGCACUGCCAGCUUGACUCCGUUGCUCGGAGCUUUCAUAGCUGAUUCAUAUGCCGGACGCUUCUGGACCAUAACAAUUGCUUCCUUCAUCUAUCUAAUUGGGAUGACAAACUUAACAAUAUCUGCAAUACUACCAAAGUUAAGGCCUCCCCCAUGUAGUGGUGAACAAGUGUGCGAAGAAGCUGAUUCUGGGCAGCUACUAAUCCUGUAUGUUUCACUUCUGUUAACCGCAAUUGGAGCCGGGGGGAUCCGGCCCUGUGUGGUGGCAUUCGGGGCAGACCAGUUCGACGAAACAGACCCGAAACAAAAGACUUCCACGUGGAAGUUCUUCAACUGGUAUUAUUUUUUCAUGGGUGCCUCCAUGCUGCUGGCAGUGACUGUGGUCGUGUACAUACAAGACAAUGUGGGAUGGGGAUGGGGCCUUGGCACGCCAACUGUCGCGAUGGCGCUCUCAAUAAUUGCGUUUCUGAUCGGGUAUCCGCUUUAUAGGAACAUGGAUCCUGCAGGGAGUCCGUUUACGCGGUUGAUUCAAGUUUGUGUGGCUGCAUUCAAGAAGAGAAAUCUGCCAAUGGUUUCUGAUCCUAAGUUGUUGUAUGAAAAUGAUGAACUUGAUGCUCCUAUUUCUUUGGCUGGAAGGCUUGUGCACACUAAACAUAUGAAGUUCUUGGACAAAGCCGCUAUUGUAACAGCAAAAGAUAACGUGAAUUCCUCAUCAAAACUAAACCUAUGGAGGCUAAGCACCGUGCAUAGAGUUGAAGAACUAAAAACAGUGAUUCGAAUGGCACCAAUUUGGGGAUCUGGAAUCCUCCUUAUCACGGCCUAUGCUCAACAAGGGACAUUUUCUCUUCAACAAGCCAAAACCAUGGACAGGCAUGUCACAGAGUCCUUCCAAAUCCCAGCUGGCUCGAUGCAAGUCUUCACUUUAACCUCCAUGCUACUCACAAUCAUUCUCUAUGACCGCAUUCUCAUCCCCCUGAUUAGUCGUUACACUGGUGUAGAACGUGGCAUUUCCUUCCUCACACGCAUGGGAAUUGGCUUUGUUAUUUCAAUCCUAGCUACUUUAGUUGCUGGUUUUGUUGAAAUCAAGCGAAAACAAGCUGCCACUGACAACGGUCUCAUAGACAAGCCUCAUUCCAUAAUCCCUAUACACGUAUACUGGCUCGUGCCUCAGUAUUGCCUACACGGAAUAGCUGAAGCAUUCAUGUCAAUAGGACACCUUGAGUUUUUCUAUGAUCAAGCCCCGGAAAGCAUGAGGAGUACUGCAACUGCAUUGUUCUGGACGUCGAUUUCAGCAGGGAAUUACACAAGUACAUUUUUGGUUUAUCUGGUGCACAAGUAUACCGCAGGACCUGGGGGAUCAAACUGGCUUCCGGAUAGAAAUUUGAACAAGGGAAAGUUGGAGUAUUUUUACUGGCUGAUCACAUUGUUGCAAGUUGUGAAUUUUGUUUAUUACCUUUUAUGUGCAAAAUUCUACACUUUCAAGCCAGUUCAGAUUAAAAAUACAAAGUCUGAUGAUGCAGUGAAAGAUGGAGGUAUCGAGUUAGGGAGUCAGGUUUAGUGUCGCUCUCAAUUCUCAUGGUCUUAUAUCAGAAGUUGGAAACUUCUUACAGUGUAGUUAGUUUAAUCUGUCCGCUUCCAAAGCGGUUUAUUGGAUGAUGUAAAUCAUGAAGCUCUUAUUGAAAGAUAUGAACUUUGAUAAUAA